AUGUCUGAGGUGUGCUUCGUGUUGCAAUCGGUGGGGUGUCUGGUAGACUCACUGAUUGAUAAGAGGAGAAAGAGAGCUGGUAGCGAUAACAGCUUGGAUGAUGAGUGUGCAAUUGAGACAAGACAGCAUGAACAAGCCUUAUUCGAGGUACUAUAUCCUCGGCUGGUCGACUGCAUCGACACCACUGAUGGGAGUGUGCGGUUGGGCUUAAAGGAUGUGCUCAAACGGAUAGGGAGCUUGGUGUCAAUCUGCUGCGGACAAUAG